AAUUCUGUUGAUAGUUUCAUGGAUAAGAUUAAAAAAGAAAGUGAGAGCGAGAGUUUUUGUGAAGGUGUAAUUGAUUUAACAAUCGAUUCUUUCUUAGAAUCUGAUUUUCCAAAUGAGGAUUUAAAUUUAUCAAUUAAAAAUGAUGAGCAUAAAAUUUUUUCUGAAGAACCUGUUAUCAACUAUUUUACUAAAGAACUUACUGUUAAAGAUUUACAUUUCUCUGCUGUCCCUAUUGAAUACCCAGCUACAUCAAAUGAAG